AUGUCCCCUACACCUCCUGACUACCAAGCAGUGGCAAGGCAAGGGACUUGCAUGCACUGCCACCGUACAUUCAGGCGAAAAGAACAUCUCGAACGUCAUCUACGAACACAUACCAAAGAGAAGCCAUUCAGAUGUGGCUGCGGGGCGGGUUUCAGUCGCCGCGAUCUUCUCACACGCCAGACGAGAUUAGCCCAUAGGCAGGCGUCGGAGCCAGAGUGCACCUCGCCUGCAAGGCAAAGGCGUAGCGGUGAUAACAACGCUUCUAGAGAAACCACCACGUCUGUAGCACGAGACCCGUUUGUAUUCUAUGUGCCACCACAACCUCUGGGCCAUGGCUGUACGGACACUCCCAUCACGGCCCCUGCGCCACAGCUCCAAGGGCGUGCCGCUUCAUCUUCAGCAGACCACCCUGACUCGAAUGAAUUCCCCGUCACUCACACCGAACCAGAUGCACUGAACCUGCAGUCUGAUAUUUCUGGUACCCGUCAGUUAUUGGGAGACCCACGCAGUGUAGACCCGAAUCUAACUCUAGGCGAAUCGCAAAUGUCGGAAAAUGUGCAUCCUUUUGACGAAUUUGCUACUUUUUUGGAUCUCAUCGGGUUACCAGCGGAAUGGGCUCCGGCGGGGAUAGAUAUUCCCAGUGCUAUCCCUGAGGAUAGUGGUGCACGCCUGCCUAGUUAUGGCGAAGCAGAUCCUGCCGCAGAAGAAGCUGCCCCAGAUGACUCGCCAUUCCAGGCAUGGUUGCCAUCGGUUCCCACAAACGAGGAGUGCCUCCAUGCCUUCAACGAGCUGCCUUCGCACCCGCGGCACGAGCAGUCCCUGCCCUUCCGUGUCAACGAAAACCAGCGGGCCCAUAUCAUGGCAUCGCUGGAAGGCUCCCGAAGUAGUAUUCCUAACUUCUCGUUGCCCUCACGGCACACUAUAUCUCGCUACCUAGUGUCCUUUUUCCAGGGAUUUCAUACACACAUGCUUUUUUUUCAUUUACCCACUUUUGAGCUCACCAACCAUUCCCCAGAGCUUAUUCUGGCAAUUAUGGCCGCUGGUGCCCAAUAUCGGUUUGAAUAUCAGAAUGCGGAUUCAUUUUUUCGUGCGUCUAAGAUUAUUGUAACAGGUAGACUGCAAGCCUACGAUAUACAGAGGCCAGAGGUCUGCACCGCUAGUAAUGGCGGCUCCUGGAUGACCGCAUUCGAAGAACUUGAGAUCAUACGUUGCUUGCUUAUUCUCAUGGGAUUCGCAACGUGGCAGGACUCGGCGAUGCUUCGAGAGGCAUUCAACCUUCGGAACUUAUUGAUUGAGACUCUUCGUUGCUCGGGUUUAGAGGAACCAAACAUGCAUUCGCCACUCGAAAGGAUGGACUGGCUCCGCUGGGUAGAGCAGGAAUCAACCCGCCGAGCCAAGCUGGCAGCCUUUGGCUUUAUUGACAUCUAUAGCAUCGCAUAUAACAAGUAUCCGGCUAUCCGCAGCCAUGAGGUUAAAUUACGCCUCCCAUGCCAGACGAAGCUGUGGGACGCUCUCAAUGCAGCAGAUUGGUUGGCAGCGUACGAGGUGGUUGGUCAAGAACAGCUUGUUUACCAUGAUGCUCUGUCAAAGCUCAUGCACGACCCCCCUUCCGUCCUGAACCCGAUACCAUCGCCCUUGGGAAACUUUUACUUACUACAUGGGUUGAUACAGCGCAUUCAUAUCAUUCGAGAACUCGCUCUCGACCUCGGUGACCAACCGGGUGAUCUCCCAGAGGACGAACUGACCCGCCUUAAGCGGGCUUUGCGAUGCUGGACCUCAAUGUGGCAGCAAGCCCCCGAGUCUAGCCUUGACCCAGCCAAUGAAAACGGACCAGUCCCCUUUACCUCAAGCUCGAUGCUUUGCUUAGCAUACGUGCGUUUGAACCUAGAUUUAGGCCCAUUCCGCCAGCUGGAAACUCGAGAUCCGUCACGUAUUGCUGCUGCACUCGCACAGUCACCACCAGCCACACGCAGUAGCCACAUGAUCCCAGCUCUUAUCUAUGCUAUUCACUCGUUCAGCAUUCCAGUCCGCCUUGGAAUAGACUACAUCGCUCGUAGUCAAGCGUUUUUCUGGAGCGUACGCCACGCAUUAUCAAGCUUUGAGUGUGUUAUCCUCCUGAGCAAAUGGCUCAUCGCUUUAGACAUUGCCGGAGGCACGAAAUUAAGUGUAAAUGAAAGGCACAUUCUUCGAUGGACAUCAUUAGUUGUCGACGAAGCGUUUGAUUCCAUGGAUCUGUAUGGAGGAAGCUGCCCUCCGAGGCGGAGCCCGGGGGAGCUUGCCCUUGGGGUCCUGGAAAUAUGGUCACGGUUCUUCAAACAUAACUCACAGUGGCAAUUUAUCAAUAUUUUAGGGGAGAGCUUGUUCAUAUAUAGAGCUCAUCUGCAAUCUAGCUUGAGAGGUAGCCCAUAA